AGACGGAGUCUAACAUUUUCAAAGGAAGGGGAGAGCUUCGCAGAAGGACACCUAGAGACGGAAUGAAGGGCAAAUAAAAAACGGGUUUCUGAAGGUCUCUUGGGAACCCUACUCCGGGUACGAUGAGGAGGCUUACUCAGCGGAGCCGUUGCCAGAACUCUGUUACAAGGCGGAUGUGCAGGCUUUUAGUCGGGCUUUCCAACCCAGUGUCUCCCUGAUGGUGGCUGUGCUGGGUCUGGCAGGCAAUGGCCUAGUCUUGGCCACCCAUCUGGCAGCCCGACGAACUUCCCGAUCUCCCACCUCCGUUCACUUGCUCCAGUUGGCUCUGGCUGACCUCCUAUUGGCCCUGACCUUGCCCUUUGCAGCAGCAGGAGCUCUUCAGGGCUGGAAUCUAGGAAGUGCCACCUGCCGAGCCAUCUCAGGUCUCUACUCGGCCUCCUUCCACGCCGGCUUCCUCUUCCUAGCCUGUAUCAGCGCAGACCGCUACGUGGCCAUCGCUCGAGCUCUCCCAGCCGGGCAGCGGCCCUCCACACCUGGCCGUGCGCACUUGGUCUCAGUCUUCGUGUGGCUGUUGUCGCUGCUCCUGGCCCUACCUGCGCUCCUUUUCAGCCGGGACGGGCCGCGGGAAGGGCAACGGCGCUGUCGGCUCAUCUUCCCCGAAGGCCUCACGCAGACUGUGAAGGGGGCAAGUGCGGUGGCGCAGGUGGUCCUGGGCUUCGCGCUGCCUCUGGGCGUCAUGGCAGCCUGUUAUGCGCUCCUGGGCCGCACGCUUCUGGCCGCCAGGGGGCCAGAGCGGCGUCGCGCACUACGCGUUGUGGUGGCCCUGGUGGCGGCCUUUGUGGUGCUGCAACUGCCCUACAGUCUCGCCCUGCUGAUGGAUACAGCCGAUCUACUGGCAGCCCGCGAACGGAGCUGCUCCGCCAGCAAGCGCAAGGAUUUAGCUCUGCUGGUCACCGGCGGCUUGGCGCUGGUCCGCUGCAGCCUCAAUCCGGUGCUUUAUGCUUUUUUAGGCCUGCGCUUCCGCCAGGACCUGCGGAGGCUGCUACAUAGUGGGGGAUGCAGCCCAAAGCCCAACCCCCGAGGCCGCUGCCCCCGCCGACUCCGCCUUUCUUCCUGCUCUGCUCCCACUGAGACCCACAGUUUCUCUUGGGACAACUAGGGCUACGAUUCCAGAGAGGGGGGAGGGCUAAGGAAACGAUCCCAGGGAGGGCUGUGAGAAAAGGGAGUAGGUGGGGGAACGUUGAGAAAGACUUCAGGACCUAAAGGGAUUGCCUCUGCACUUAAUUAAAUUGAUACAAUGCAAAUGA